UCAAGGGCACCGGCUGAGGAACACCAGAUAGCAAGAAAGCUGCAAGGGGAGAAACCUCGUGUCAAAGGCGGCCACGGAAGAAGCCAUUCCGUUUUAACUGUGUUGAAAAAAAAAAAAAAAAGACUGAAGCAGCCAUGGACCAGGCAAGGUCAACGAUAUCCAAAAUUUUUAAUGGGGAGCCACACUCCUACACGCGUUUCAACUUGACCCAGAACAUGGAAGGCGAUAACAGCCAGGUGGAGAUGAAGCUGUCGUCCGACAUAGAGGAGGAGGUCGGGGGAAACGGCGUGGGAGAAAACUUCAAUCACAACUCCAACCGCAAACCCUACGUGGCCCAAAAUCUCAGACGCACACCAAAGAACCUCUGCUUCAUGGCCUCCACCACCCUCCUCAUCUUUAUUAUCGGAUACCUGAUUGGCUACCUGGUUCAUCGUAAGAAGGACUUGGCUCCCAUCUGUGAGGACUCUCUGCCCACAUUUGUACGACCUAUAGACCUCGAGACUGGUGCUGCCCCCCUCAUGGACUGGGACGAUGUCAAAAAUCUCCUCGCUCAGAAAAUUGCCGCAGCCAAAUUUGAACCUGUCUUCAGUGAGUUUUCCAGUGACAACCACCGGGCUGGCUCUGGAGGUGAUGAUGUUCUGGCAGCAAAGUUCUUCAAUAAGUUUAAAGAGUACGGAAUGAACACCUGGACCGAUGAGCAUUUUGUUAAGGUUCAGGACCCACCAGCUUCUGGCUCCAACCGAUUUGUUUUCAAGGCCGGGAAGGAUGAGCGUCCAGAGGGGUUCCUCUCCUACAGUGCCAACGGAACAGCGACGGGUGCCAUCUUGUAUGCAUUUUACGGGGAGGAAAUUGACUUCAGGUUGCUGAGGGACAAGGGCAUCAACCUGACUAACAGGGUCAUGCUUGUCCGUGCGGGACGGAUCAGCUUUGCUGAGAAGGUAGCCAAUGCUGCCAAAACGGGUGCCUCCGCUGUGUUGAUCUACCCAGACCCGGCUGAAUACUCUAUUGGAGAGUCCACUGCGCUGUUUGGACAUGUCCACAUGGGUUCAGGGGAUCCCUACACCCCAGGCUUCCCCUCCUUCAACCACACCCAGUUUCCACCUGUCCAGUCUUCAGGCCUGCCGGAAAUCUUGGCCCAGACCAUCACAGCAGGCAUGGCUGCCAACAUUCGGAGGCAGAUGGGGGGUCUGAGUGAACCGGAAGCAUGGGGAGGCAGCUACAAACUGGGAGAGGAGAGCGAUACUAUAGUUGUCGAGGUCAACAACGUUCUUACUGAGAAAAGGAUCAAUAAUGUCUUUGGGGUCAUCAAAGGCUUUGUGGAUACAGAUCGAUAUGUGGUUAUCGGCGCUCAGAGGGAUGCGUGGGGUCCAGGUUUUGCUUCGUCGACCGUCGGCACCAGCGUCCUUGUUGAGUUGGCGCGUUCCAUCUCGGACAUGGUGAAGAAUGAUGGAUUCAAACCGAGGAGAAGCAUCGUGUUUGCCAGUUGGAGUGCUGGAGAAUAUGGGAACGUUGGCGCCACCGAGUGGUUGGAGGGUUAUCUUUCCUCUCUGAGCAUGAAAGCCUUCACCUACAUCAACCUGGAUAGAGUUGUAUCAGGUCAGGCGGGAUUUAAAGUGGCAGCCAGUCCCAUGUUGCACAGUCUGAUCGAGAGCACUCUGAAAGAGGUGAGCGCUCCAAACAAGGCUGGGACUCUCUUUACUCGAUAUGCAUCGGGCGGUUUUGAAUCAAAUGUGUUGGAGCCUCUUAACUUCGAUAAUCCUGCUUAUCCUUUCACUGCCUUUUCUGGCAUUCCCUCACUCUCAUUUGGAUUCACCUCUGGUACCUCCGACUACUCGUACUUUGGCACAAAGCUGGACACCCGGGAGAAACUGAACUCGGCCACGGGCAACCAGGUGACUCAGCUGGCUGAAAUAGCGACCCGGUUCGCAGGUCACAUAGUGCUGAGGCUGGUCCACGAUCAUCUGCUGCGGCUGGACGUGAUGAAGUACCACAAUAUUAUCCGCACCCAUGUCGGUCAGAUUAACAGCAAAAUGAUUUCUGUUAAGAGGAUGCAGCCCCAGCUGUUGCCCAAGGCCCUGACGAUGCAGUGGUUAAUGUCGGCCUCUGGCUCCUACAGCCGCGCCGCUCGCAGCCUGGUGGAAGACAUCAGGAACAGCAACCUGGACGACAUCGAGAUGUGCCGUAUCCUUAACGACCGCAUAAUGAUGGUGGAAAGGAACCUCCUGUCGCCCUAUGUGUCACCCAGAGAGAAACCCUACCGCCACAUCUUGCUGGGCUCCGGAUCUCACACUCUCAAGGCUCUGUCCGACCACCUCGAGGCCCUCAGGACCGACCACCCCGAGGUGGACGGCGACCUGUUCCACAACCAGUUUGCCCUGGCGACCUGGACAGUUCAGGGCUGUGCCAACUCACUAGCAGGAGACAUCUGGUCUUUGGAUAAUGAAAUCUAAAAAGUAAAUUUCCCACCCUUCUCCCUUAUUCAUGUUUGGCCCUCUUAUGACAACUAUCAGUCACAGAUGCAAAGCUUUUUAAAUAAUUUAGCUGAUUUAAGGAAGUUAUAAAAGUGGAGCCGUAACUAAUUGGACGGUCAUCACCCUCAACAUUUGAGUGAUGAGCUCAUCAUCAUUCUUUUUGAAACUCUCCAAAAAGCCAAACAUUAAUUCUUAAAAAAAAUGUACUUGAGCCUUACGCCUUAACUAAAAGAAAGUUUAAAGUGUAAUUUACUUUUUUCUCCUCCACUCUUGGAAAGAGAAAUUCCUAAAUGAUUUUACCAUGUGUCAUUUAAAUACAACAUUCUGAAUACUUUGGUGCUAGUAACGACUACUUUCAAAUGGCAAUAACAUGUAGCGGUGCUUCUUAAAUAUAGUGAAAUUGAGGCUUCUUCAGCACAGUAUCAUCGGGUCAUAAUCACAGGAAAGCUGUGUUUUCCAGCUCAGAGAUGAAUAAAACUCAAAUAGCCACUAUGCUAUUAUAAGGUACUGACUUUCCAACUGUUUACCAUAAUUAUCAUUAAUCAAAACUGAUUGUAUUUCCACCGCUGAGCCUCGUGUUCAAACCUGAGCUGGUUAGUAUUGGUAGCUAUAAUUGUAUACUGUGCUGAAAUCUGCUGUUCCACUUAUUGUCAGAUUAGAAAAUGUCUAAAUAAUAACAAACAAAUCCGAAUUUCUCAAUGACCUGAAUCAUCUGCCUCCUGACAUGAGGGCAAACCGCCAUAGGCCUUUCAAAAAAAAAAAAAACAAGGGAGAAGGUCUCCAACCACCUGGCACUGAAACAGAAACGUAUGUCUAUUUAUUGUGUUAUUUAUUUAUCAGUGGCAGGGUUCACUAUAAAUAUUUUUUUAUUGCCUUUUAUAAAAAAAUGUGUGUAUAAUUAUCGGGAGCAGUGCCUUCCAUAAUUAUGACAGUUAUACUGUCGAAAUAGCAAAAGCAGCAUCUGCUUAAAAGAAGUGUACAUGUUGACUGACGGCCGGGACUGAACACUGAACACACAGGCACAUCUCAGAAACCUGCACUACUUUGAGACACUGGAUUGGUCCUUUUAGGCGAGGCCAGCUCACACAUCACACCUCUGGCUGUCAGUACUGGUCCUUGGUACAUGUACGCCUCUCGUCCUGACAGCAUUAUCGGCAGCAGUGUCUUCCAUAAUGUGAAAAAGAACAAAAGGUAGUUUUUGCCUACCAGUGGGUGUCCGUAUCGGAGGCAGUGCCCUCCAUAUUUCACUGUAGGAGUGGAUGUUUUUAUUAUCGGGAACAGUGUUUUCCAUAAUGUUUGUAUAUAUAUAUAGUAGCGUGUUACACAAUGCACACGUUGUCCGCAUCUUUAGAUCCCUUCUAUGGUGUUUCCAUGCUAGUGUAGUGUCUUCUUUUAGGAAAAAAGUUCAGCUCUUUAUGAAAACAUUUAUCCAUCGAUCUCAUUGGUAGGUUAAAGAAUAUGUCUUUAAAUUCUUCCGGGUUUCUUUAGUGAGCCGUUUUCUCAUUUUAAUCAGACGUUGAUAAUGUGUGUGUGAAACUGAUAUGAAACGUCUUUGCGUUAAAGAGAAAAAUGUUAUGAACAUUUUUGGGACCACAGGUUACAGCGGUGUGGUCCGCUAUUUCCAGAAAAGAUCACCACUUGCCUCACAAAAUGGGGUUUCAAUGAGUCAGUCAGUGUGAAAGUGAAUUCUACCUUCUAUUUUGAUGUGUUCAUUCAUUGUUAAGAUAUUUCCUUGUGCCUUUUGUUUCAUAACUGUUUCUACAUUACAGUACUUAAAGAGGUUUUGGAUGAUGUGUAUUUGGCUUGUUUUGGUUAGUUUUCACUUCUCUGUAUUUUUUUUUUUUUAAUCCUCCUGUUGUCUGAUAGAAUCAAAAGUUACUGGUUUAAAGGCCUGUUAUGCUACACACCUUGAGAUAUAUUCACAGCAUAAUGAAAAAUGAAAGUAAUAAAUCGAUGUAAAUGGAAUUUCAAAAUUACACACUGAAUGUUACAAUAGUUAACGUUGUCCUCAUUUAGCAAAUCUGCUAAGCCUUGACAUUUACAAUCUUUUUUUUUUUAUUUUGAUGAAAACAGCCAUGCUUAUGCAGCAAAACCUCCAAUGUUAUUGUUUCAAAUCAAUAGCCAUUUAAAGUGAUCUAUUAACCAUUCAUAUACUGAGUGAACUGACCUGCUGGGCUAUAAUGAGGCAUGUUCUGAAAGUUACAUUCUAAUAUUGGCAUCGGACGCAGACGAGAAAUUGUUCGACAAAAUUGGUCUUUGGUGAACUUUCAAGAAUUAAUUUUAAAUAUUUAAAACAAUGCAUUUCUUUUACCUCAAACUGUAUACAAAUUUGCUUAGCUUCACGCUUUCUUGUUUGCUACAAUAAACAAUCGGAUCAGAA